AACUUGAUCCAUACUCUCACUCCUCAUCUUCCUCUGCUUCACGAGCAAAACACACUCUAUACUUUCACACUUUCUCUACUCUCUUUCUCUCUCUACUGGUUAAUUUGUCUGAUCACACAAAAACCGCCAUGGCGCUUUCAAUCCCAGAAGCCACCAAUCUGAACAGCACAUCCGACGACGGUGGCGGAAACGGUCGCCAACAACCCGACACUCAGUCCUUCGCCUCCGUUAAGGUCCAGGAACUUCCCCACCUCACCGACUACCUCCCACACCUCCAGACCUUAACGAACCCAUUAGAGCACAACCCGUUCUACCGUCCUUCCGAAGGCUUCUACCUCUCUCCCUCCGACAUCAUCCUCAGGCAGAUCGUCUACGACCUCGCCGGCAACUUCCCUUUGCAGUCACCCCACCUCGCCUACCAUCGCGCCGGCCCGCGGAGGGAGAUAUUCUUCGACCCGAGUCACGUGAGCGCUGCCAUAGUCACGUGCGGCGGACUCUGCCCCGGGAUGAACACGGUGAUUAGGGAGCUGGUGGUGGCGCUUUGGGAGCUGUACGGUGUGCGUGAGAUCUCCGGCGUGAAGGCCGGUUACCGGGGGUUUUACUCUGGCGAACCGGUUCGGCUCGAGCCGGAGCUUGUGCACAGUUGGCAUAAGAUGGGUGGCACUGCGCUGGAGACUUCAAGGGGUGGGUUUGAUCUUGACCGAAUUGUCAGUGCAAUUCAAGAUCGUGGGUUUAAUCAGGUUUACAUUAUAGGUGGAGAUGGCACAAUGCGUGGAGCUGUAAAGAUAUUUAAUGAAAUCCGAUGCAGAAAAAUGAAUGUCGCUGUUACUGGAAUUCCAAAAACAGUCGACAAUGAUGUAGACAUCAUCGAUAGAUCAUUUGGGUUUCAGACUGCAGUUGAAAUGGCCCAGCAGGCAAUCAGUGCUGCACAUGUGGAGGCUGAAAGUGCAGUGAACGGCAUUGGCCUGGUUAAGUUAAUGGGUCGUAGCACAGGGCACAUUGCUCUCCAUGCUACCUUGAGCAGCCGUGAUGUGGAUUGCUGUUUGAUUCCUGAAAAUGACUUUUACUUGGAAGGAAAAGGAGGGCUUUUUGAAUUUCUCGAUAAUAGACUGAAGAAAAACGGCCAUGCAGUACUGGUAGUGGCGGAGGGAGCCGGACAAGAUAUGAUACCGAGAACUGAUGCCCAGAAAGAAGAGAGGGAUGAAUCUGGCAACCCAGUUUUCUUAGACGUUGGCGGGUGGUUAAAGUCAGAGCUUAAGAAGUGGUGGGCACGAGACCAUCCAAAUGAGUUAUUUACUGUAAAACUCAUAGAUCCCACAUACAUGAUACGAGCAGUCCCUGCAAAUGCCACUGAUAAUCUGUAUUGUACACUUCUGGCGCAUUCGGCAAUUCAUGGUGUUAUGGCAGGGUACACUGGAUUUGUCUCUGGUCCUAUCAAUGGCAGCUAUGCAUAUAUUCCGGUGGAUGAGGUAGCAAAGUCUAGAAAUGAAGUUACCACAAAGGACCAUAAGUGGGCAUGGGUCAGAUCGAUCACAAAUCAGCCUGAUUUUUCGAGGAGCUAGAUCUCAAGACCUCAACAUUUUACAAUGGCUUUCUUUCGGAUAGAACUGUUCACCAAAGUUAAAGUUUGCAGAUUAUCUUCGAUAUGCUACCCAUUGUGGGUAGUCUCAAAAUUAUGCUGUCACAAUGAUUAUGUUUGGUAAUGUAGUUAGACAAUUGAACAUGGCUGCAGUUAGACAAUUGGACUGGCAAAGUAAAAUUGAGAGGGAAUGGUUAUGUUUGGUAUCAUUUGUGAGUAAUCUCUCUGCCAAGAUAUUGCAAUAGCAAAUGUAGAGCAUGAUGUUUACUAAGAUAAAUCUGUGGCUAUAUAUAUUGACCACCACUAGGACUUUUCUAUGAAUUCAUGUUUGCUUU